GCCGCGGAGAUUGGAAGGCGGCGCGGGGGCGGUCCCGCCGGGCCUUAAUCUGCCCCUCCAUUGGGGAUUAUGGGCUCACACUCUCGCAAGGGCCAGCCGGAGAGAGGGACGCCCGCCACCAAGGACGCACCAGCCAGGAAGGGGUUCGCCCAGCCCAGGAAAAACUCGGCCCGCCAACGACGCCGCCAGAAACUGCAUCAUUACAGAGACUGGCCUCUGCAGAUUUGAACUUCACACAUUGACCUGCUGCUUGUCUGAAAACUCAGUGUCUAAAAGAUCAGCUGCUUGUUGAAAGGUUAAGUGUCUGCUCACUACAGAGUGCAGAGAUGAACUCCACAGAGAUCCCCAUUCAAACUGAGAUGGUAGAACUGGUGCCCAAUGGAAAACAUACAGUGAUGAAUUCUUCUGGUCCAUCUAUGGGAAAUGACAGAUUUGACGAGAACCAGCCAGAGAUGGAGGAGUUCCUUCCUCAUGGAGCUGAAAAGAAACAUACUCAUUUCACAGAUUUUGAAGGAAAGACCUCUUUUGGAAUGUCUGUCUUCAAUCUCAGCAAUGCCAUUAUGGGAAGUGGGAUCCUUGGUUUAGCCUAUGCCAUGGCCAACACUGGCAUCCUUCUUUUUCUAUUUCUCUUGACUGCUGUAGCACUGUUGUCCAGUUACUCGAUCCACUUGCUGCUCAAAUCCUCAGGAAUUGUCGGAAUCCGUGCCUAUGAACAGUUGGGCUACAGGGCAUUUGGAACUCCAGGGAAAUUGGCUGCUGCUGUUGCUAUAACACUACAGAAUAUCGGAGCCAUGUCAAGUUACCUGUACAUUGUGAAAUCUGAAGUGCCUCUGGUUAUCCAGACCUUCCUCAACCUGGAGGAGAAAACAACGGACUGGUACAUGAACGGCAAUUACCUGGUGAUCAUGGUUUCCAUCUCCAUCAUCCUCCCUUUGGCUCUCAUGAAACAACUUGGUUACCUUGGUUAUGCAAGUGGUUUUUCUCUCAGCUGCAUGGUCUUCUUCCUUAUUUCGGUCAUUUACAAAAGGUUCCAGAUUCCCUGCCCACUUCCAGACAGAGACAAUGGCACAAGCAACAUGAAUUAUACCCCGGUCAGCACAAGCAGCUAUCAGAAUGACCACACAGUCAUGGAGGAAACCAAUGAAGAGAUCUGCUCCGCAAGUUUGUUCACACUCAACUCUCAGACAGCUUACACCAUUCCUAUCAUGGCAUUUGCUUUUGUGUGUCACCCUGAGGUCCUGCCUAUUUACACUGAACUGAAAGAUCCAUCCAAGAAGAAAAUGCAGUGCAUCUCCAACAUCUCCAUCACUGUCAUGUAUGUCAUGUAUUUCCUGGCUGCUCUUUUUGGCUACCUCACUUUCUAUGGCCAGGUGGAAUCAGAGCUGCUACACACCUACAGCAGAGUUGACCCAUUUGAUGUGCUGAUCCUAUGUGUGCGGGUGGCUGUGUUGACAGCAGUGACAUUGACGGUGCCCAUUGUUCUCUUCCCGGUGCGCCGUGCAAUUCAGCAGAUGCUCUUCCAAGACAAGGAAUUCUGCUGGAUCCGACACACUAUCAUUGCGGUUGUACUGUUGACAUCAAUUAACCUGCUUGUCAUUUUUGCCCCUUCUAUCCUGGGCAUCUUUGGCCUGAUUGGUGCCACUUCGGCUCCCUGCCUAAUAUUCAUCUUCCCGGCAAUAUUCUACAUCCGGAUCAUGCCCAAUGAGACGGAGCCACCAAAAUCCCCUCCCAAGAUAGUGGCAGCCCUCUUUGCGUGCCUUGGUGUGCUGUUCAUGAUCAUGAGCCUCAGCUUUAUCAUCAUUGACUGGGCCACUGGAGGUGGGAAGAGUGGAGGCAGCCACUAACAAGGCAGGGCCUGGAGCCUUGUGACGUGGAUCAACGCCUUGGGAAACUAAGCUGGCUUGGAUACCUUUCCUGCCCCCCUCCAUGUCCAAUAGUACUGUAAUGUAAUGUAGUCCCUUGCUCCAUUCUGAGCUGGGGUGCUGUUUCGUUACUUGGUCUUUACAUCCAUGCUGAGCCAGGGGAUGCUGCAGGCUGGACCUGACCAGAAACCUGUUUCUAACUCUUUGAAGCAUUUGAUUUUAUCUCCAGGUCUGGGAUGGGUCAGACCAAUGGCCAAUGAACACAUAAACUGGGGAAACAGUCCGUAUCUGAGGGGUUGAGCGGGGGGAGGGGGGAGCUGCCAUGAGAAGCACAUCCAGCCCUGUAUAUCAAAUAUGGCUGUCCACACUGAGGGGGCUGGGGAAUCAGCAGCAGAAGAUGAUGGGAAGGGUGGCUAAAGAACCUAGGUACAGAGAGCUCACCUGAGGUUCACAGCUGGUUGGAAGAAAUGACAGGUUUCCCUAGCAGAGGCAAAAAGUAUGAAGUGAAUACAUUUUGGAAAGGAAUAUUAUUAUGGAAUGUUAUUUGGGAAUAUAUAAUAUUAAUAUAUUUUGAAAUCAUAUUCCAGGCCUUUUAUGACUUUGACUAUAGGGCUUCCGUCCCUCUCAGAUGUCAUUCCUCAGCCUUUAUUUCUUGGUGGAUUUUCUCUCUCAAACUUGGUUUUUCUUCUGCAAGAGCCUCAAAAGCCUUAUGAUCAAUGGUCCUCUCUCAGGACAGUUCAUUGUUUUGUGUAAUAACAAGGUGAAUCUUGCCAGUUUCCAUAUGUGGACCACACUCUGCUUCUACUCCGACCCAGAGGUCUGGUGCCAGGAAAUGGUGUAGGUGUAGCCACCUUUUUGAGCUACCAUUUGAGAUCAGUUAGGAUUGUGCUACCUUCCCUAGGCCCUUUGUCAGAAUUCAGUUUUCCUUAGACAACUGAAGUCAGCUGGACAGAUACAGUAAUAUUUUGGAUACAUGGAUUGGUGAAAGUAGGAGAUUUGCUGAUGAACAUGGUUUUUCCUUCUUUGGGGAGAAUGGAGCUUGAAUUUGGGUUAGAGAAUUGGCCUGUGUUUGGUGACAUAAGAUUCCUCUCAAUUCAUUUCAUUGGAAAUGUUGAAGUGUAGAUUCCUACCAUUAUGAGGCUUUUGUGUCCAAGGCUCUUACAUCCUGAACAUUUAUGCUACCAAUUAUCCAAUCCUUUCAUCUGAGAGAUCAUUCCCUCCUAGCUUAUAAAUAUAUCAGAGUGGUCUCUGUCCCCAUCUACUAGCAGAGGCUAUACUUACUGGGAAAUGUAGCCUUUCCACUAAAGUGGUCCACCAGUCUAACUACUUGCAAGAAUUUAACUGCUGCUAAUUUUAAUGGUUUUAAAAUAAUUUUCAUUUGUUUGUACAUACUUAUAUUACUUUUUCCUUCUGUUUAUUCCAUGAGAUUCCAAUGGAAUUGUAUUUAUAUAGCUGCCUUCAUGAAAUUGGUUUUUCCUUGGCAUAAUUUACAUAGGAAUAGCUGGAUAUUCAGUACAACUGUGAGCAAUUUAGAAAGAAAUAAUUAAUCUUUUCUAUUUCUUCUCUCUAAUCUUGUCAUUUUUUUAAA